AGCUACACGCACGUGGCUCAGUAGUCGUCGAUGUUCCGUCUGCUAAGGGCAAACGUAGGAACGCGUCAGCACGAGAAAAACGGAUGGUAAAAAUUCCAUUAAAGCCCAAGAACUCUGAUGCAAGCACCUCCCGCCCUCCCAACAGCAACGCCACACAAUCCAGUGGCACGGGUCAUCUUCAGUCAUCUUCGCAACCACAGGCUGCCAUCUCAACGCCAUCCGCCAGACCUCCUGCUGUCGUUAACACAACUCCGAACACCAGUUCUCAUGUCAUGGCCAAAUACGCUGGGCGCUGGACUCGUUUUUGGGUCUCUAUGUGUUAAACCUCCUCUGAGUAUACCGACGGUCAUCAUUAAUCUACCCGGUUUGUUUUCUCGUCC